AUGAACUUCUUGAACCGUCAUGGCACUCGAGUCGACGGCAACUGGCCUCGCCUGAAGGCGCUGUUGGAACACGCCAAGGACUCCAAGAUGCCUCCGAGUGGCUGGAAAACUCAGAUCCUGGUCAACGCAAUUGAUGACUUCGGAGCACAAUUUGGACCUUACACCUUCGAAGACGAGGGCAGUCCAGACGACGGCGACUCCAAGGAGGAUGACAGGUCUGGAAACCGUGACGGCGGCAAGAACAAGCCUCUGGAUAUCUCGCACGAUUCGUCAAGUCCGCAGCAGACGCCCAAGAAACCCAAGGCGUCGGGCAAGUCUCGAUCUCAAGGUCCGGUUCAGCUUCGCCCCUCGGCGUACACGCCGAAUGAUCAUGACGCUCUGGAUGCCACCAAGCGGCCACUCCGGACCGUCACUCAGGUACGCGAGUCUCUGGAAGGUCUCCCGGUAGUCUGGUCCAAGCAACGUUCGGACCUGCAGCAGGUCAUGCUUUCCGGACUUGCCUAUCAGGACGCUCUGGACCUGGUCAGCGGGGACAACGAGGUGCACACCAGGAUCACAUCGCGGGCUUUAACUGAAAUGUUGGUCCGGAUGAUGUACUGGGGCAAGCUCGAUCAGACUCCGUGGACCAAGUACGUACCAACGUGGUACUUCAAAAGCGCGGAGGCGCUCAUCGAGUCGACGGACGAAAUUCCGGAGCGUUGGCCCAAGUUAAAGAAGGUUCGUCUGGAAGAUGAAGCUGAGAUCCAGAUGGCGCUCUACGAGGACAUCUCGAGCGAGGACGAUGAUGAGCGGGACGCGGACUUUCAAGAUAGCAGUCCGAGUGGCAAGUCUCAGAGCGGUUCCGGUCGCCGGGCGACUCCGCCUCGGGGCGCCAAACAUAAGCGCGACUCAGAAUCCGGAGCGUCGGGAAAGUCUUCGGGCGGCAGUGACUCUGGGGAGCCUGAACACAAGAGGUCCCGUCCUUCUCAGGAACGCAAGCAGUCUGCUCUCGCCCGGAAGAAGUACGCGAAACUGACUCCGGAGGAGCUCAGGGUCGUCGAAGUUCCGGGUCGUGGUGUCGUCUCUUGGCGUCACUAUGGGCUGCUGAUGAAGUUCCCACCUGGAACGGCCGACGCGGUCGAGCAAACGGCCGGGUUCCCUGACUACACUCCGAAUCUCGCUCGCGUGGAGGAGGCGGAUCAGGUCCGGAAACGCUGGCUUCAGGCUGAUUUCGAGGAGCUCUUGAAAUCGGCACCCUGGGAUACCAUGCGCAUCGUGUCAGGAGUGUAA